ACAUAUUUGCCCUGUGGAAAUAAGGAUUGCUUUUGUUCACCUACCUUUGUAAGAAUCCACUUCUCCUCUUACAAAGGCAAGUGAUUUAUAAUGAAAAUGACACUCUGCUGUAAAGAUAGAGAGCAAACACUUUUACAACUCAACAAAGAAUGUAUUUGUAAAGCUAUAUAACGGAAGGUAUUAGCUGUCCAGGUGAGGGCCAUAUAAAUACAAGAGACGUGAGAGGGAAGGGAACAGUCAUACAAGAUGGCUUCAACAAGAAUGGCACUCCUCUCCAUGGGCCUGCUGCUAUUUUCUGUUCAAGAGACCCUCACCGUCAAGGGACAGGCCUCAGUUGCCAUUAGACUGUCUGUGGAGAACGAUCUGUCUAACUUGACCCCUGAGACCUAUUUGACGUCCGUGGUGAAAGGAGGGGUGCUGCUGGGGGCUUUGAGGAGAAUACAGGAGAUGCAGCCUCACUUCAGUUUCACCCUGAAGGAAGACCCAAACUACGGCCUGUUUCUGGAAAGUGUGAAUGGCGUAGCUGGAAGUGAAAAGGAGCAAACUUACUGGGAGAUUCUGUCAGAAGACUCGGGGGAAUACACGCGCUUGGAUGUGGGAAUUGGCUGCUACACACCAGCGGAAGAUGAACACAUAGUGCUGAGGUUCAGGAGUUGGGCCAUCAUCUGAAUCAUUUGUGACACUGUCAACUGAUAACUUCUUUUUGAUUUAAUGCAGAAGGCGAUGUAAGGUUUAGAAAAAAUACAGCACUAUCUGGUGGUUAACAUUGGUAAUGAAGUAUCCAAAUGUGCCUUACAAAUCAGACCCUAAAAUAUUAAUAAAAUACAGCU